UUUUAGGUUAAAUUAGAAGCAGCGUAAACCAGUAGUCCCCGCCGGCGAGAAGCUGAAGCCUGAAGGUGAAGAAAUGGCGCGAAAGGGAAAGAGAACAAACCCUAAUAGCGACAGCGACGACGACGAAACCUUCUAUUACCGAUAUCCCUCCGCCGCAUCUUCUGCUCCGCCGCCGUCAUCUUCACAGUCGUCUCAAGCACACUCACACUCUUCCAUCAAGUCCGGCGGCGGCUCUGGAGGUUUGGUGCCUUCGAAAUCGACUGUUUACGUUUCCAAUGUUGACUAUUCCCUCACCAAUUCCGACCUCCAUACUCUCUUCUCCACCUUCGGUAAGAUCGCUCGCGUCACGGUGUUGAAAGACCGCCAGACCCGCAGAUCUCGCGGCGUUGCUUUCAUCCAGUUUAUUUCGCAGGACGACGCGGUCAAGGCUUGUAAAGAGAUGAACGGGAAGAUUUUGAAUGGCCGUGUUCUGAAGGCUGCUAUAGCGACCGAUAAUGGCCGCGCCGCGGAGUUUAUAAGGAAGAGGGUUUAUAAGGAUAAGAGUAGGUGCUACGAGUGCGGUGCGGUUGAUGGGCAUUUGUCUUAUGAGUGCCCUAGAAACCAAUUGGGGCCAAGGGAGCGACCAGAGCCGAAGCGGGGGAGGAGGGGUGGAGUCGGUGCAAGGCACGAGGAGGACUGGGGAUCGGAUGGUGGAGAAGGGUUCGAGGAUGACAAUUGGGCCUCGGUUGUGGAUGGAGAUGCGGACCAGAGACUGUUGACCGGCGGUGAGAACGUUGCAGAGAGGAAAAAAGGGAAGAAAGCGAGUUAUUUCAGUGACGAGAGUGAUGAAGAUGAGUAACUUCCAGUCGUUCUCUCUUGAAAGAGUUCGCGAAGAUUGCUCAGAAGGUUGCAGGACUUCAUGUUAAGCUUAAGCGUAACAAGAGUAUGUGAGGUGAGGUAGUAUUAAUGAAUAUAUCCUGUGGAGGAAGUCACCAAAUCAAGGCCCUUCAUUGGCUGCCUUCAGCAACUAUUCUUCUAGGACAGUGAAUGGUGGAGAAGACAGAAAGCAAAACUAAGCAAUGGAGGAAUACUGCCUUUCUGUUAGAGGAAGCUUUAUUUAAGGUUCCCUUCAAACAAGUUGGGUGUGGCCAUGGAGAAAAAAAAAAGUUUAGUCUUUCUUUAGGAAGGAGGGAGGAGGCCAUGUGAUCGAUUGGAGUGGGGAAUUACUUGUUUAAUGAUAUGGGUAUUGGAAAUUUAAAAAGGAAAAAUGUGGGUUUAUUUGGUUUUCUUGUUUUUCCUUUCUCCUAAUACGUAUUGCAAAUGCAAAAAAAUGUUUUUCUUUUUUCCUAAUAUGCAUGGCAACUUUUAACUUCAACUUGAUCGCCCUUCAGAUUCCAAUUUUAUAGGUUUAUAAAUUAUACCCUUUUUAUUGAUA